AUGUUCCAAUUUUCGUUUUCUCCGCAAUAUUAUGAAGCGUUAGAACGGUUGAAAAAGAAUUUUAAUGAUUCUAAAGAUAUAACUAUAGAAGCAAAAAAGCAAUAUGGCCUUAUUCCUGUACCAACUCCAGAUGAAUGCAUUGUGGAUGAGACUAAAUUGGAUGAAAGAUAUGUAAUUAAAAGCAAGGAAUAUUUAGUGAAUAGGUUAAAAAUAUAUGAAGACGUUAUUGAUGAAAAGUGGCAAGAUCUUGAUAAUGAUGGAUUAUCUGGAGAAUGGGUUAAAAUUAAAGAUAGGAAAGAUACAGGAAGGGUUGUGCUUUUCAUGUUUGGUGGAGGAUAUUAUAUGGGAUCACCUAAAGUAUGUCGCAAUUCGACUUAUGAAAUUGCAAAAAAUGCUGAAUGUUCAGUUUUUGCAAUUAAUUAUCGUCUUUCUCCUGAACAUCAAUUUCCUGUUGCACUUUGUGAUGCUUUAGCAGCGUAUUUAUAUCUUACUGAUCCUCCUCUUGAAACUGGACUUAAACCAAUUGAUCCUAAACAAAUUAUAUUUGCUGGACCUAGUGCUGGUGGUGGAUUGGCUGUUGCUACUGCAUUAUUCAUUCGUGAUGUUGGUUUACCAUUGCCAUCAGGACUUGUUUUAUGGUCACCAUGGGUAGAUUUAAUGGCUAGCAUGCCAUCUUAUUGGAAACCUGAAAUGGACAAAACUGACUUUAUAGCUGGUGCGCUAAAUGUUUGUAAACUCGUUCCAAGAUUUAAUUUAUAUUGUGCAAAUGAAGCUUUGGCCAUCCCAUAUGUUAGUCCAAUGUUAGCUGAAAGUUUGGGAAAUCUUCCACCUAUUUUAUGUCAAGUGGGUGGUGGAGAAAGAUUUUUAGAUUCAAAUAUUUUAUUCAGUUUCAGAGCUUCUGAUCCGAGUAAAUUUCAAAUACCUAAAUAUGCUACAAUGAAUUUUGUUAAUUCACCAUUCAAGAAGCCUACCGAUGUCACACUUGAAGUUUAUGAAGGAGCGUGUCAUUGUUUUCAAAGAAAUAAUACACUUAAUGAAAGUAUUCCGAAAGAAGCUGAGAAUAAAUCUUUUCAAGGUAUUCAAAAAACCAUUAAUACUAUUGCAAUUAACCCAAAUUGUGAUAUUAAAGAGUUAGAUGAAAAAUUUCUAGAAUGUCUAAACUGGGAAAAUAUUGGUGUUGUCCCAGAAUUAGAAGCUCCCAAGCCCAUUGUUCGGGGAUUUCCAAGAACUGCUCCACCACGAAUGUCACCAUCACUUCAAACAUUAUUAUCAUCACAAGCAAAAAGUCUAUAUCCUACGCUACCAGUACCGAAACAUAAACCUCUAUACCCAUCACGAAAAGCGAACCUAUUGUGGAGACAUUAUUCUAAGAUCAUGAAAACUGUUAUGCCACCUGUGGAUAAUAUCACAUUAGAUCAGUUAGAAAAAAAUGCUGGAAAAGGCACUUUGACAGGAGAAGGUGUUGCAAAUAGAAGUAUAUUGUCAAGAAAUCAUAACCAUGAUGAGCCAAACAGAUUAAGAAUUCUUAAAAAUACGGGGGCACCAAAAAGUCCGCGUGAUCUUGUGAAAGAAGGGCCAUAUUGCACUGCCAGACCUCAUAAUCCAAGGCCUCGUUUUAUACGGCGAUUAUACCAGAGACUCCUAACAAAGAUACCUAUCAUGAAAGACUCCACGUCAACAGAUUUAUCAAAUUCUGGUCCAUAUACUUUCAAAAAUGAAAACUCCAACCUAUCUAAUGUCACAUUACCAAAAAAACGGGGUAUAAUUACUAAAUCUCCUUGGGCGGAUGGGCGUCCCCUUCCGUUGGUAAAUCACACGGAUUGGCAAGGGUUGGACCCUUUAGAAGUAGCAAAACUUAUCGGUGAAAAAAAGACUCAAAAAUUAAAAAAAUAUUAUGCUGGAGAUAAUUUGCCUGUUUGA